AUGGCGCGGACAGACGCAGCGGCCGCUCCCAGGCGGCGCAACAAGGUCAGCCGUGCUCAGAGUUCGAAGACUCGCCGGGACUCGUCGGAGCAGAAAGCGCCCCUCUUCCCCGAUGUUCCAGGAGCCAUUGCAGUUCUCCUGGCUUCGUCGCAACCCCGCGCGACCUCGCUGCCGGCCAAGAGCCGCAAGCCCAGGCGCAAGGAUCGCGCGGCCUCCCCCGAGGCCGAGGCCAGCGGCUCAGACCCUGGCGCCUCGCCGAAAGCUCCUGAGAUGGGACAGAAGUCCACGCCGUGGCAAGUGCAUGCCCUGCGCCUGGAGAAGCUGCUGCAGGAGACGGACGUCGCGCUGGUCGCGGAAAACACGUUUCUCUCCGUAGCCCCCGAGGGCUCCGGCGCAGAAAGGCGUGAGAACUCCGCACCCCCACGCCUCCUUGCAGAUGAGCCCCACAAGGUCCGGAGUGGAACAGCCACCCCGGAGUUGUGGGAGCACGACGCGACUCAGGAGCCGCAGGUGGUGCACAGCCCCCUGAUGGCUGCAGUGCCCAUCUCCCUUGCUGGCCAGGAGCUGCAUGGGCUGCCUGUCGCCUACUCCUGCCUACCGGCAGACUCUGGUGAUCUCCUCCGGUGGCUCAUGGAUCAUGCCAUGAGUUCGGCUGCUCGGAUCGCCAGCCUCGAGGAGCGAGUGGUCCAUCUGGAGAUGGCCAACAGCCAGCUCAGCAGCCAGCUCCACGCAGCGCUCAACAGCCACUCCUGGGAAUGA